AAUAUCGAACAACACGUUUUAUAUUCAAUUUGACAUUUGUUGGGGAUAAAUACAGAUAUGGAAUGAAGUUAAUCAUAACACGGAACUUUGUGAAUGAUCUAUAGGAAUUUGCAGUUUAGACACAAAUGUUAACAUUCAAGAGGACGUGAUUCAAAUCCACAUAAACCUGAACAGUCUGUACGACAUGUUUGACGGUUAACACUUGCGAGUAACAACAACGAAAUAACCAUUGAACAACAUGUGUUAAAAAUAUCCGUAUGUGUAGGCAUAAUUGUGUUUAUAUAAAAUGUAAACAAACUACACCAACAUGCGAGAUUUUCAGACACCUUGCGUCACCUGGCAAACUGUGACAUUCUGGUCUAUAAGUCUGGCUGCACUGAGCUGGUCGGCGUCGGUGGUGGAGGAUGCACGUGUCCCGCUGAUGAUCUCCUUCCUCUCUUCCGCCGGUGAUAAAGAAGGAUCCAAGACAUUCGCCGGUGCGUUCUUUAGUGCCCUGGACUUUGUGAAUCAGAAUAAGUCGCUGCUGCCCGGAUAUCGGCUGGAAUGCCUUUUUAACGACACAGAUCGGAGCUCCCUGAACGCCAUCAACGCGAUGACGUCACACUACGGGAACGGGAUUAUCGCGUUCAUCGGGCCAGACGAAUCGUGUCACUGUGAGUCGACGGUGGCGGCGGCAUGGAACCUUCCCAUGAUCGGAUACUGGAAGGCAGAUUUUGAUUUCAGAGGUGCCGAGUUCGAUUCCCAAAAAGAAAAAAAUGAAAUGCCACGACUCCAUGAGCCGGAGUGA